AGCCGCCGCCGCCGUAGCCGCGAUGAGCGUGUACGAUCCGCUCGGGCCCCCGCGGAGGCCCUGGGACGAGGGCCGCCCGCCCCCGGCGUCCCCCUCCAAGCUGGGCCGGCGGGCGGCCUGGGCCUCGGCCUCCUCGCCCUCCCCGCCUCCGUACCCCCCGGAGCUGCCGCAGCUGAGCCCCGAGCUGCUGGGCCUGCGGGCCCGCGAGCGGCAGCAGCUGGCCGAGCUCAACGACCGCUUCGCCGGCUACGUGGAGCGCGUGCGCCGGCUCGAGCAGCAGAACCGCGCGCUGGCGCUCGAGCUGCAGGCGCUGCGCGAGCGCCACCGCGAGCCGCCCCGCCUGCACGCCCUCUACGAGCACGAGAUCCGCGGGCUGCGCGCGCAGCUGGAGGCCGGCGGCGCCGACAAGGCCCGGAUGGAGGCCGAGCGGGAGCGCAUGCGCGCCGCCUACGCCCGCGCCAAGGAGCGGUACCAGGAGGAGCUGCGGGCGCGGCUGGAGGCCGAGGAGCGGCUGCAGCGGGCCCGCGACGGCGCCGACCGGGCGGCGCUGGCCAACAGCGGCCUGGAGGCCGGCAUCGCCUCGCUGCUGGAGGAGAUGGCCUUCCUGAGGAAGCUGCACGGCGAGGAGAGCGCCGAGCUGGAGGGCCGCCUGCAGGCCGCCGCCCUGGCCGUCACCAUGGAGACCGGGGAGGCCGCGGCCGCCGCCGCCGCCGAGCCCGCCGGCCCCGAGCUCGCCCACGCCCUGCGCGACAUCCGCCGCCAGUACGAGCGGCUGGCCCACAAGAACAUGCAGGCGGCCGAGGACUGGUACCGCGCCAAGUUCGCCGCCGUCUCCGAGGCGGCCAGCCGCCACAGCCAGGCCGCCCGCUCCAUCCGCCAGGAGACCGCCGGCUACCACCGCCUGCUGCAGGCCCGCGCCGCCGAGACCGAGCGCCUCAAGGAGGCCAUCCAGGGCCUGCACCGGCAGCUCGAGGGGCUGGAGGAGCGGCAGGGCAAGGAGGUGCACAAGUACCAGGAGAGGAUCAGUGAGUUGGAGAAAGAUAUCAAUGAUGCCAAACAAGAGAUGGCUCGUUACCUGAGAGAAUACCAAGACCUCCUCAAUGUCAAGAUGGCUUUAGAUAUUGAGAUUGCAGCUUACAGGAAACUGCUGGAGGGUGAGGAAUUCCGGUUCAGCUUGUCCUCAGUGCAUCCCUACAGUUAGUCAUCCAUCUGCAGAAUGUUGACCAUGUGGUCCCAUAGCUGACAACACAGAGCACUCAUUAGCCAUUACCCUGUGGUUGUCUUAAAUUCCCUGUUCCCCUUCCAUUUUCAUAGAGACCAGUUACUGAGACCUGCUGACCCUGACCAAAAACCAAAUUCCAAGUUUACACGCAGGACCGGAAGUGUUAGUGUGCCCGUGCAUUUAAACACUAUUCAGUUGAAUGUUCCAGUUUGAAAUGGAAUAACAUGCUAAUAUUGGCUGUUCCAGUCUCUCCCCUCCCCACCUUCCCAGUCUGUCUGUGAGACCCACUGGUCUCAACCUGGGAAGGAAAUCUUCUGUCCCAUUCGCACCAUGAUCCUGUCCCCUCUCAUCCCUGACCCUGUGGCUUCUGAUCUCCUUGCCCCUCACCCUCUGCAACGUGCCCUCUGAGUCAGUGUGAUCCCACUGAGGGGUAAAAUUCCUGGUUAAAAAGGAGCGAUCACACAAUCGGACUGAGCCGAGGAGUCAGAAAAUGAUAGAUGAGAGUGACACCUUAGACAGGAAGUGUGUGUAACAGAGGGACAUGGGGAGUGACUGAGGAAAAGUGUCAGAGACCACGCACCCAAUGAUGCAGUGACAGACAAAGAAACACAGAUUGCAAGAGCAAGAAUAAGAGGGAGGGAGGGGCAUGGGGAAAGACUGAAAGUGACAAAAAGACGAGGUAACACAGUGAUGGAGACAGAGACAUGGAUACAGCGAAAGAAAGGAGAAUGACUGGCAGUGUAACAGACCAAGAUUGAGGUAGUGAGACACAGAAACAAAGAUGCAGAGAGAGAGCCACACACACAGAAGGUAACAGCUUUAGAAAAGCAGAAAUUAAAGGAGACGGAGAGGAAUACAUAGUGCUGGAGACCUGGAGAAUGACAAAGUAACAGAUGAGUGUGAAAGAGAUGGAGACUAAUUUGAUUUUUUUUUGUAGAACCAUGGACCUAAUUACAGUGAAAAAGCUUAGUUUUGUGAGCAGUACAGAGCAAGGCACAAGUUAUACUGCACAGGAAGUGCACAAAGCAAGAUCAAUAUUUAUAAGAUCAACAUUAUUUAAAGUUAGAGAAAGUUAACGGCAGGGAAGAAACUGUUCCUGAAUCUAUUGGUGUAUGUGUUCAGGCUUCAGUAUCUUUUGCCUGACAGAAGAGCUUGUAGGAGAGCAUUACUGGGGUGGGAGGGGGCUUUGUUGGCAGCAAGGGGGUAAAUGGAGUCUGUGGAUGAAAGGUCAGCUUCUGUGAUGGUCUGGACUGUGUACAAAACAGUGACACAGGGUGAGAAUGUAACAGAGGUACCUGGAGAGUGUGUCAGGUAGAGGUAAAGAAUAUCCGCAUGAGAGAGAUUAACAGAAAAAUGAGGGGCAUAGAAAUUGAUAAAGAUAGAAGUAAUUGAGGCAGAGGAAUGGGCAAUAAAUUCUGGCCUAACCAGGGAUUGUCACACCCAUUACUGAAUGAGAGAGAGAGAGAGAGAGAGCAAUAGUGAUAGAGAGACCGUAAGUAACCAAGUCUCAGAUAGAAAGAGAUAGUUGAUAGUGGAAAAAGUCACAAAAUAAAAAGACAGGAUGCUGAGGAUCUGCAAUAAAAACAAAUUGCUGGAGUGACUCAGCAUAUCUGGCAGGAUCUGUAGAGAAAAAGCAGAGUUAAUGUUUUGAGUCCUGUGUGACCUUUAAGGGUCACUAGAUCUUUGUUUCUCUGUGCUGAGUUUCUCCAGCAAUUCCUGUUUUGUUUAGCAAAGUAAUAGAGAAAGUGAGUAUAACAAUGACAGAGGGUCAGAGUAAAACAUAGAAGCACAGGGACAGCAAUAAUCAGACAUGAAGAGCAGAGAGAUGGACAGACGGGAACAUGUACAGGAUAAUGGGGAGACAGUGACUAAGGCAGCAAGGUAGAGUUACUGGGCACAGACAGAUUGAAUACCACAGAUAUGUAGAGUGAAAGAAACAGACUUAAAAAUGGGGAGAGUGAGAGACCGAAUGAUAGAUGCAGAGAAAGAUACAAUUCACAAAUACAGUGAAACCUCGAGGAAUAUAGAUACAAAUAGAAAAGCAACAGAGUAAAGAGGAAGGCUGAUACAAACGUGUGGACUAAGGGCUGGGAUAUGGGGUUGGAAUGGUGAGGUGGCUUUAUUGACUGGAGCAGAAUUGAUGGGCUGAAGGGUUAUCUGAGCUGUAGAUCUCUCUUAACAGUGUAAGCAGAGAUGGGGAGAAGAAAGGAUAUGACGUGAGGUUGUAUUGAGAAAUAGAGGGUGGGGAUGACAGAGGUACAGACCCCAGGAAAUGAGGGAGACUGAAAUGAAGAGGAGCCCCUGGACAUAGAGACAGACUUUAUAAAGCUGGAGCAAGGGUAGGCAUGGACUUAAUCUCAGUUAGAUCACUUACACACUGAAAUCUGGAAAAGUCUGAGGUGAAUGCAGAAGCAGAAAAAGUAGUGGUCCCAGGGCAUGGAGAAAUGGGCCCAGUGAAACAAUCUAAUUCCAAACUAGUCAUGUAAGUGUUAGGCUCUCAGGCGCUCCCAUCUGCUGCAGUCUGAGAUGUCUGUGUGUAGCCACCACUGACACUGAGACUCCCACACACUACAGCAAGCUCUCUGAAUGUAACUGGCUAGUACUGCCUGCCCAGUUACCAUAUGGGCUCAUAGCUCACUGGUGUGGAUAAACAGCCAGCACCAAGACACCACCGUCUGAGAGCACACACAACUCAUUCCACGAGAUGGCCAGUACCCCCAACUGUCUGUUACUGUCCCCAAUCUUGCAGCAUCUCCUGGAAGUGACCAUCUGGAAUCUACAGAAACUGUGGACAGGUUUGAGAUUAGACUUUCUCUGCUUCUAACAAUGUGUGGAUUUCUAACCAGAACACCCAGCCCUGGUACUCACAAUUCCUCACUCCCUCCCUCCCUCAUGUCCCCCACUCUUCCCUUCUCACCUCAUUUACUCCCUCCCUGCUCCCCUCAUCCCUCACUGUUCCCCUCAUCCCUCACUGUUCCUUCCUCCCUCAGUAAGGUGAAGGUCAAUGUAAUUGUUUUUGAGACAAUGCAAAUGUAAUUAGGAAAACUGGUCUGGAAAUUCCAAUUGGUCAGCAAACAAAUUGAAGGUCAAACAAAAAGAUCACUGUGUGGGGAGUGACAAGAAGGCAGUGUGGAUUGCUGUAGAUCCAAUAUGAGGGGAGGUGACAAUGAUAUGUGGGUCCCGUCUAUGCAUUGUAAUGGAUCCAAUGUGAGGGGGGGAUACAACAGUGUCAAAUGGGCCUUGUCUGGGAUCCAGUGUGUGGGGGAGUGACAGUG